AUGGCUAAAAGAAGAAGUAUUAGUAGUAGAGGAGGAUUAUUAUGGAGGAAGGGAAAGGGAGGGUUGUUACCAAUGAUGAAGAAAUUGUUGUUCUCAUCAUCGUCACGUGAUGAUGAGAAAGGAGUGAAAGAGGGGCAUUUUGUGGUGAUUGCAACACAAGGUUGGAAGGAAGAGAGGUUCUUCAUUGAAUUGGGGCAUUUGGAUAACCCUGACUUUGUUCAACUCUUAAAGCAAGCUGAAGAGGAGUACGGUUUCUCUCAGGAGGGCGCACUUGCUAUUCCUUGUGACCCUCUUUAUUUGAAGACAAUCAUUUCCACCAAAAAUUAA